CUUUUUGACAAUCCAAACUGCUAAAGAUAGAACUGUAUUUUAAGAUUCGCCUGUCGAUAUUUUCUGCAUCGUUUUCACUUGCUUUUCAUUAUUAUGAUCUCUUCUACGUAUAUUGCGGCUUUCCGCAAGGCCAUGCUCCGAUCCCGACCUCGUUGCUUGCUACGCUCCUUCUCCGCUACAGCACGACAACAGCGUCAAGCGGAUUCCUCUGCUGCUUCUGGGACUCGCACAAUUGGUCUCCGACGUGAAGACAAAAGCCGCUGGGAACGCCGUGUGGCCUUGACGCCCGCAGCUGUCGAACGGUUGAUCCGCGAGACAGGCGCAAAGGUGUACGUCCAACCAAGCACCAAACGCAUCUUUAGUGAUGAAGCCUACGUCAAGGCCGGAGCAUGUAUUACCGAAGACUUGAGUUCCGCCGAUGUGAUUCUUGGUAUCAAAGAAGUUCCUGAAGCCUCGUUGUUACCGGACAAGACGUACUUGUUCUUCUCACACACACACAAAGGCAACAUGAAGAACAUGCCCAUGUUGAAAUCCAUACUCGAUAAGAGAAUCCGAUUGAUCGACUAUGAACUGAUGACAAACGAAAACGGACAGCGACUGGUCGCUUUUGGUGAAUAUGCUGGAAAUGCAGGUAUGAUUGAUAUCUUGCAUGGUAUGGGACAUCGGUUUCUCGGUUUCGGUUACAGCACACCCUUCAUGUACAACUCCAUGGCGCAUAACUAUCGUACCUUGGCCGAUGCGAAAAAGGCAGUUCGGGCGGUGGGCGAGAUGAUCGCGACCGAUCGUACGCCCAAAGACUUUGGUCCCCUGGUUUUCGCCUUCACUGGCGCCGGUAAUGUCACACGGGGUGCUUUGGAUGUGUUUCAGCAGCUCCCCCAUGAGUUCGUGCCCGCCGAAGACUUGCCAAAGUUGGUGAACGAUAAAAAUCCCAAGUUGAACAAAGUCUAUGCCACUCAACUCCAAUUGCAAGAUUACAUCCAAAACCAAAGUGGCACUCCCCUUGCAUCUCGCCAAGAUUACUAUGAUCAUCCUGAAAAAUACCACUCCGUAUUUCAUGAAUCAAUAGCUCCCUAUGUAAACACGGUCGUGACAGGCGCUUAUUGGGAUUCCAAGUACCCGCGUAUGUUGACCAACGACCAGCUUCGGGAUAUCCAAAUACAGCAGCUUGAAGGAAGGAUUGGCAAAGGCAAGAUGAUGUGCUUGGCCGAUAUUGUUUGUGAUAUCAAGGGAUCAUUUGAAUGUUUAUCGCAUUGUACGGAAGUGGAUAACGGAUUUUAUUACUAUGACGCAGUCAACAAUAAGGAACACCAAAAUGAUGAAGGUGCAGGCAUGCAAAUCAUGGGUAUCGAUAUCCUUCCAGCCGAACUACCGGUCGAGAGUAGCAAUCACUUUAGUGAAAAACUUUUACCGUACGUGAAGGAGUUGAUCAAUCCUGCCACUGCGGAUACAGGCGCCCUAUCUCCAUUGCUGGCCAAUGCAAUCAUUGCAGACAAGGGAACUCUGAGUGGUAAACACCAGUCAUUGAAGACUUUACUACCAGGAACGGCUGGCACAACAACUUCACAAACACAAUCGCGCAAAAAGACCGUCCUCUUGCUCGGUUCUGGCAUGGUAUCGGGUCCCCUUGUUGAUCAUUUGACAAAGCGGUCUGAUAUCCACCUCGUCGUUGCUAGCAAUGUAACAAAGGAAGCACAAGCACUGGUUUCUGGCCGAUCCAAUGCUGAAGCAGUAGGCUUGAAUAUUUCUGAUCGCGAAGAACUGUCACGCCUGGUAUCCAAUGCCGACGUGGUUGUCAGUUUUGUCCCAGCGUUUUUGCAUACCGAGGUGGCCAAAGCAUGUGUUGCGAACCGAAAACACAUGGUGACGGCUAGUUACGUAUCGCCUGAGAUGAGAGAAUUGCAUAACAGUGCGGAACAGUCGGAUAUUUUGAUUAUGAAUGAAGUAGGCUUGGAUCCGGGCAUUGACCAUAUGUCAGCUAUGAAAAUUAUCGAUGAUGCGAAGCGUCAAAAUAUCAAAAUUCGUUCCUUCAUUUCUUGGUGUGGUGGCUUGCCCGCGCCUGAAGCUUCGAACGUGCCUUUGGGGUAUAAAUUUAGCUGGUCUCCUCGGGGUGUGUUGACAGCAAGUGGAAAUGAUGCAUUAUAUUGGAUCAAUGGCAAGAAACAUGCUAUUCCUGGGCAAUCGCUUCUCAAGGAUCAUUUCCCCGUCAUCAAGACACCGUACGAAGGAUUCACAUUUGAAGGUUUAGCCAAUCGUAACUCCCUUGGAUAUGCUGAAACAUACGGCUUGGGUCCAUUAUCCGAAAUGGACACCAUGUUCCGCGGCACCUUGCGUUAUCAGGGCUAUUCGGAUCUAUUAUAUGCGUUCAAGAAGCUUGGAUUUUUGGAAUCGACUAUCCCACUGCGUCAUUGCACUAAUUGGACACAAUAUUUUGAUCACGUUUUGUGUGGAUCUCAGAAGCAUGCUACGAAUCAACAGCGCUUUGACACCGUCGUGGAUAAACUGGGACUUCCAAAGGACCACCCCAUGGUGGAACGCGUUUGGGAUGCUUUAACGAUGCUCUCUGGCGUAGAGAAAACCAACGUCCCUUUCAAUUCUUCAGAUUCGGCUUUGGACGCACUUUCAGUGGUUUUGGCAGACAGACUCAAAUACCUUCCAACAGAACGAGAUAUGGUGGCCAUGCACCACGAGUUUGGUUUGGAACACGCUUCAGGGAAAAAGGAAACCUUGACGUCCACACUUAUUCAUUACGGUGAUGAAAAGUACACAGCUAUGGCCAAGACAGUAGGUUUGCCGGCUGCAAUGACUGUGGAACUGGUACUGGAUAAUAAGAUCCCCGAACGGGGCGUGCUGGUACCAACCAUGCCGCACGUGUAUCUUCCCAUCUUGGAUCAACUGGAACAUCGCGGUGUACAAUUUGUCGAAAAAGUGGCGCCUUCGCAUGCCAUUCGCUUAGAACCCACAGGAAGCGGUGUUUGGAACUAGAAUGUGGAUCAACAAAAUAAAGCACGGAUCCCCUUUGUUUUGGGGGGUUAACCUAUUUAAAUAUAAACAAUUUUCCAAGGGCUCAGGGUGGUCCUUGCUCUAAC